AUUUCAUGAGUCAUCGGAUCAGUCCGCUAGCUGGUAGAGCGAAGUGAUCAUUAGUCGUGUUCUCGCGCUCCUCUUACGCACUCGUUUACAACCAUGAGUCCCAAGUGUCAGAUAAUUCUUAACAGAACAAGAGACGGACAUUUUAAAGCCGGACAAUAUGUGACAGGAAUAGUGAAGUUUUCUAUAUAUAAGCCGAAGCGGUACGACAGUAUUGACAUUUCUUUCGAGGGCCGUGGAAAAUGCGUUUGGACUCAAACAGAUUCGCCCGAUGAUACAAUUUACAUUAACAACAAGGAAGAGGUUGUCUCCAUCAACAAGAAUUUAUUUACACCAGUUGGAGACGAGAUGGUUGAACCUGGAGAUUAUGCAUACCCAUUUGAGUUUUUACUCCCAGACGAUAUACCAUCGUCAGUUAAGACUGACUUUGGUAGGAUACACUACAAAAUUUUCGUGAAAUUUGAAAAAAAAAGAACUUUUGGCGCUGAACUGAAACUUGAAAAUGAGCGUGAAGUACCUGUUUAUGGAUAUGUGGAUCCAAUAACUCGCGGGCCAGCUCCCUUCAAAGUCGAGCAUAAGCUACGUUCCUUCAAUGCAAACAAUAAGAUCACAGUAAAAGGAGAAAUAGACAGAACAUUUUUAAGACCAGGCGAUAGCAUUCGUCUGAAGAUGACGGUGAAGAAUGACUCAAAUGUCGCCAUUUCUAUCAAAAGUCAGCUUGUUCAUCAGAACACUUAUAUAUCAAAAGCGAAGUAUAACGCUACAUACGUUUCAGAAAGGAGUAUACCAGGGACCAAAGAAACUUCUCCUCCUAUAAGGGCAAAUAGUGUGACAAAACUGGAGAGAACUAUACCAGUACUUGAUACGUUAUACUCGAUACAAAAUUCGAAGAUAAUGGAAGGAGAAUUUGAGGUUAAAGUGACGAUUAAGGCACCUUUUCCUUAUGGUAAGGAGUAUGCACGAGUUCCAGUGGUGAUUGGAUGGACAAAAGAAGAAUACGCAGCUCUUAUCCAGCGUGAGCUGCCACCUUCAUAUUCAGAAGCUAUCAGCGGAAAUAAUUAGAAAAAUGAAGAUUUCAAUGGGGACUGUGUAUUAGUGAUAGUUUAUGUCAUUUGAAGUAAGCACUACACAUUUAUUAGUUUUAACGUGUCAUACGUCAUUGAAUGAGUGCGUUGACUCAUAGGAACUUGUAUCACUCUACGAUAGUUAAAUUUUGUGUCGUGUGUCAUUUAGUGUAAUGUAACAAGUAAUUAUAUUGUGUCCCGACUUGCUAUCUUGGUCCCUAUUUCUCUUCCAAAAUUGUGUUAAUAAUAUUAAGGUUUAAGUAGGAUUAUCAGUCUUAAGACUUGAUAAAUAUUUUUUUUGCAUGCGUUGAUAAUCUUUAUAAAAAAUAUAUUAAAAUUAAGUUCAUUUCUAUUCAAA